UCUGUCACACCCAAGAUGGCGCCGGGGGGCGGCCGCACCGGCGCAAGAGGGGCCCUGGGCGGGGAGUUGACAGGCUGCCGCCUCACGUGAGAAGCUGAAAAGGGAAGAGUCGGGGCUGUGCAGGACGGAGCUGCGGCGCUGGAAAGAGUUUUUCCACUAUGGAGAUGCCAUACCUGUUCUGCCCUCUACUGUACCUCUCGCUUGUGCUGCUGGGGCCUGGUGGUACCAAUGGGCAAAAUGUCUAUAUCACAGAAUCUAUCACAGAAGAAAAUGGAGUCAUUGUAUUGUCUGUCCCUGAAGUGGUUUCAUUAGAAAGUGGAAGUUCAACAAACGUCACUGUAUCUCUGAGGGCUCCAUUAAAUGAGACACUGGUGAUAACUCUUAAUAUUACAUACUCAUCAAAACAGAGCACUAUUGUUGAACUGCCUGAUGAAGUACAAUUGCCUGCAGGUCACACUAAAGCAGAUUUCCAAGUGAAAGCAGAUGAUGUUGGACAAGUAACAGUUUAUCUUUAUACCACUAAUUCCAAUGUAACUGGACCUAGGAUUCAAUUUCAAGUGAUUCAUAGCAUCAUAGUAAGAUAUGUUGAUGAGGUGAUUGGCUGGAUCUAUUUCCUUGCCUGGUCCAUCUCCUUUUAUCCUCAACUCUUUGAGAACUGGCGACGAAAAAGUGUUGUUGGACUAAGCUUUGACUUUAUAGCAUUAAACCUCACUGGCUUUAUAGCAUACAGUGUGUUUAAUGUUGGACUCUUUUGGAUUCCCUUGAUUAAGGAGGAAUUCUUAGUCAGUUAUCCCAGUGGGGUGAACCCUGUGGCUAUCAACGAUGUUUUCUUCAGUCUCCAUGCAGUAGCUCUAACUCUCCUCACCAUAAUUCAGUGCUGCAUCUAUGAGCGAGCAGGUCAGAAAGUAUCCAAAGUUGUUGUUGGACUGCUGGCACUUGCAUGGAUCUUCACAUUUACUACACUGUUUCUUGCUGCAGCUGAGGAAAUGACAUGGCUACAGUUUCUGUUCUGCUUCUCUUACAUUAAGUUAGCAGUCACACUGAUAAAAUAUUUUCCACAGGCAUAUAUGAACUUCCGUCGGAAGAGCACUGAGGGAUGGAGUAUUGGGAAUGUAUUACUGGACUUCACUGGUGGAAGCUUCAGCCUUCUCCAGAUGUUUUUGCAGUCAUACAACAAUGAUGAAUGGAAGUUAAUCUUUGGAGAUCCAACCAAGUUUGGCCUGGGCGUCUUCUCCAUCAUCUUUGAUAUUGUUUUUAUGGUCCAGCACUACUGCCUUUAUAGGAGGAGACGGGGGUAUGAACCUUGUGAAUAACAUCACUUGUGAAGACAAAUCUUUAAAUUGAACUUGCCCAACCCUGGCUGAGGGUUUUCCAGGUGCCAGUUGUCAGAAAUACCAAUUCUGAUCUCUGUUUAUACCCUGAUCCACUCUGGUAUGGAGUACAAGCUGUUGCCUCACCAAAUGCCAAUUGCCAGAUGCCUUAAAGGACAGCAAGCUCUCUGGCCACCACUUGCAAAUGGAAGACUCUUGCCUGUUGAAGCUGCAAACAGCUUACUGUGAGCUGUCCAAGCAAAAUGUGGCUUUUUCCAUUAACAACAGGAAAGAGAAAGACCAGAGUGAUGUUUUUCUGAUUGGAAGCAGAGCACAAAGAACAGAGUUCUGGCUUCCAAAAACCUGAGAUCAUGUUUAAGCAACCACUUAAUGCCAUAAGGAAGUGACUGAAGACUGUGGAUCCAAGUGCUGCUGCUGACACCUCACACUUCACCACCACUCAGGUUGGCUGUUAACAGCUGUAGUGGUACAUAAAAAAUGAGGUUGGUAGCAAAUACGUUAGAACCUGAACUCUUUAUUAAAAAAAAAAUAAUAAGCAGAAACUGUAUUCUUAUUUCACUGAAAACUCUUUUUGAAGGUGCUCAGGGGGGUUCUUGAAUCUUAAAAGGUGGAUGGUAAAGAUUAAAAUUUAUUAAAAUUUAAAAA